AUGAUAGAAUAGUUAGUUAUGUAAGGUAUAACAUCUUUCGAUUUUUGAUUAUAUACCGUUCUUUCAAGUAGUAUAACUUUAAGUAAAUCUGGUCACUUUAGCCACAUUUUAGUGCAGAGCACAUAACAUUUGAACGAGAAUAAAUAUCGAAAAAUUGUUUCCUAGGAAUGAAAAAGGAAUACCUCUUUAAGAUUUAAGUGUUUUUUCAGCUCAAUAACUUUAACCGUUUAGUAGAUAUAACGUCAUAAGCCUAAAACGCGCCGGAAGUUGCUGUUUCCCUUCCGAGCUGCGCCCGCGGUUCCACUUUUAUCUAGAAAAUAUAUAAAAGUGGGAUCGCCGUGCAUCGGAAUUCAUAAUUGGUUGUGGGAAUUGAGCUGAUAUUAAAGACGAAAUGCCACUCAAUAUUGGAGUGACGAAGUGUCACAAUUAAAAUCUAGCGAAUAAAUUUUUAAGAGAAUUUUUUCAAUCGAUCUAAAGGUUUGAAACUGUUAGUGCGAGUAUGAUCAGUUAUUGUUGUGUUUUAUUUAUGUUGAUAAUGACAAUUUAUUGUUUUAGCAGUGAAAUUAUAAGUACAUUUAACUUUUUGACCGUUUGGCUCUCUGAGCCCUCAAGUUACGAAACUGAAGCACUCACACUUAAACACUAAAGUAAGAUAUCCUUUUAACUGUUAACUAGCAUCCACAGUCUUAAAAAUUGUAAUAUAAACAUUUAUAUUGUAGUUUUAUUAAUAUUGUGUUUCAGGACGCGGCAUAUAACCGCAAUCAGCGGUCUAUGUCGCUGGGAGGACCAGCACAUGAGUCGCUGUUGUGCAUGCAUCCUGCAAAGACAGUUGAAGUCAGUCGUGGAGAAAAUGGUAAAGUUUUUUUCUUUGUUUUAUAUUUUAGGGCAUUCAACAUGGUUAUUUCUAUAUGUCCUUGUAAAACUUCGUUACGUUUUGUAUCUAAAUUGUUCGAAAUAGUUCUACACAAAGUAGAAGUUUUGUAAUUUCAUUUUUUCUUGCGUAAUGUGAAAGCAUAUAUGACCCUUAAUUUACAUCAUUCAUAAAAUUAUAAAAAUUUACUGGACCUCCUGGUAUGUUCAUGUUUAGGUACCUUCGUAAUACUGCUGGUAGAAAACACUCGGUUUAUUGUGAAUCCUCAAGUACUUUUAAGCAAGCCAGACACUAUGUUGGGUCGUAUGUUCGCAUUGCGAGCUCAACAAGAAAAGACUAAGACAGACCUAGUAAGACCGAAUGAACAAGAUGAAUAUGAAGUGGCGGAAGGCAUUGGAGCAAGUUGUUUUAGAGCUGUUUUGGUAAGCAUUACCUUGCAUAUGUAUUACUGUUUAGGACUACUAUCAUAAUGGUUUCAUUCGAGUGCCACCUUCCUUGAGUGUAUCUGAGGUGAGAGAAGCCUGUGAUUACAUGAUGAUACCGUUUGGAUCUUCUACUGUGAAAUGUCAAGACUUACGUGGGUUGUUACAUGAAUUGAGCAACGAAGGAGCACGUGUACAGUUUGUAGUGUUUUUGGAAAACGAAAUUUUACCUCAACUUGUGAUAAGCGCCGAGGUAAGAUAAUUGUAAUAAUAUAUACCUAAAAUACAUUCUUUGAGUAAUCUUUUUCAAUCAUACAUCGAUACUUUUUAAAUUAUGUUUGUAAAUAAAACUAAUAGUUAAAAACUUUAGCGCGGUGACCGAGAAUGUCAUAUAGUAGUUCUUUUGGACGACGACAUAGUAGAAUGGGAUCAAGAAUAUCCUCCGCAGAUGGGAGAAGACACCAGUCAAGUAAUUUACAGUACUAACCUGUACAAAUUCUUUAAAUAUGCUGAGAACCGAGAUGUCGCAAAGCAGGUGAUGAAGGAACACGAGUUGAAGAAGAUACGAUUAGGUAUUGAAGGGUAUCCCACUCACAUGGAGAAGGUUAAACGACGUCAGAACAAGGCUGAAGUCAUAUACAACUACGUACAACGCCCUUUUUUACAUUGUUCAUGGGAGAAGGAGGAGGCCAGGUCGAGACAUGUUGACUUCGCUUGUCCAAUAGUAAAGUCGAAGAGUAAUCCAAGUUUGGCCACAGCUUUUAGUGAUCCAUUGCCUCAGGUAUUAUACUUAAAUAAUCUUUUAUUGGUAUGCUUCUUUGAUACGUCAUCUGGGUCUUAAGUUAGUUUUAACAUUGAUAUUUUUAGCCGGCUCCACUUCAAAACAAUGUUCAAGAACAACAAAACGAGGCAGCUCCACCAGCCCAACGACCAUUGGUCGAUGAUGGGAUUCCGUUAGAUGAUCCUCUACGCCUUGGUGUUGAAGAACUUCAAAUAGGACAGCAGGUACGUGUUUUGGUACAUCAUCUAUUACGUAAAGGGACUUGAAAUUAUUGUGAGGCGGUUAUUCUACGCAUCUUUUGACCCCACCGUUGGUCAAGUUCUUCAAAAAAAUAAAUUUGAAAAACUUAAUUUAACCUAUCACUUUUGUGUUAUCACUUUUAUCAAAGUCUUCUUAAUAUUACUUGCCCUUUUAGAGAGUCCAACCACUACGAUCACCUCCAGUUCAAGUUCGUCAACUCGACAAUCACGAGAUGGACGACUAA